GGGCUCCUCGGCUCGCAAUUCGCGUCGCGCCUGACACAGCUCAAACGUCAUCGCGUAUCCCCGCAAUCCCCAAGGCUUAAGCUCUCGGAUCAGCUCAUCCACCUCUGUGCCCCAAGAUCGACUUUCUCCUCCUCGACUGAUCACGUCAAUUCACCAUGCGGCCUGUCCUUAACUUAGCUCAAAAGACCGCCGUCCGCUCACGCUUCACGACUGCCUUCAGACCUCGAUUCGCUGCCAGAUCAUACGCAAUGGGCCACGUACCUUCCCUCAAGGACAAGUCGCUGCUGAAGACGCAGGCCUACGUCAAUGGCGAAUGGGUGGGCGCGGCCUCGGGGAAGACCUACGAGGUCACCGACCCCAACACGCAUAAAGUGAUCACGACCCAACCGGAAAUGGAUGCUUCAGACGCACAAAAAGCCAUUGACGCAGCCUACGCCGCGCUCCCGGCCUUUCGGAAGUUGACAGGACGCGAGCGCUCGCGCAUGUUACGCAAGUGGUACGACUUGAUGAUAGAGAACGCCGACGACCUAGCAAAGCUUAUAACGUGGGAGAACGGAAAGCCGUUGGCGGACGCCAAGGGAGAGGUCACAUACGCUGCGAACUUCUUUGAGUGGUUCAGCGAGGAGGCACCGCGCGUCUAUGGCAACACCAUUCCCGCAAGCGUGGCAGGAAACAGGGUCUUUACUAUCAAGGAGCCGGUUGGUGUCUGCGGGCUGAUUACGCCAUGGAAUUUCCCUGCCGCCAUGCUUACUCGCAAGAUCGGACCCGCUCUGGCAGCCGGUUGUACAGUCGUGGCCAAGUCUCCUGGUGAGACUCCUCUGACUGCAGCUGCUCUUGCGGAGCUUGCACACCGCGCCGGUAUCCCCAAGGGCGUCGUCAACAUCAUAACCGCCUCCGAGAACACGCCUGAACUCGGCGAAGCUAUUACGACCUCCCCGAUCGUGAAGAAGGUUUCAUUUACGGGCAGCACCAACGUUGGCAAGCUGCUCAUGAAGCAAUCGUCCCAAACACUAAAGAAGCUGUCGUUUGAGCUGGGCGGCAACGCCCCGUUCAUCGUUUUCGACGACGCGGACCUCGAAAAGGCGGUUGCGGGUGCGAUUACCUCUAAGUUCCGGUCAUCAGGACAGACCUGCGUGUGCGCGAACCGAAUCUACGUGCAAAAGGGUGUCUACGACGAGUUCUGCAAAGCCUUCGCUGCCAAAGUCAAGGACUUCAAGGUCGGCGCCGGCUACGACGAGGGCGUGACCCACGGCCCGCUGAUCCACGACCGCGCCGUCUCCAAGGUCGACUCGCACGUACAGGACGCCGUCAAGCAGGGCGCGAAGCUGCUUAUCGGUGGGCAGAAGCUGCCUGACCUCGGCUCCAACUUCUACGCCCCCACGGUCCUGCGCGACAUGACGGCGGACAUGAAGCUAUCGCACGAGGAGACGUUCGGCCCCGUCGCGGGCCUGUUCCCCUUCGAGACGGAGGAGGACGUCGUGAAGUUGGCUAAUGCGGCUGAGGUCGGCCUUGCGGGCUACUUCUUCUCGCAGGACAUUCAACGCUGCUACCGCAUUGCUGAGGCGCUUGAGGUCGGUAUGGUUGGCGUGAACACGGGCUUGAUCUCGGACCCGGCGGCGCCGUUUGGUGGUGUCAAGGAGAGCGGAUUUGGCCGUGAAGGCAGCUUGCUGGGGAUUGAGGAGUAUGUUAUCACGAAGACGAUUACGCUGGGUGGAAACGGGCAGCCCCUGCAGGGCGCGUAGGAGGUGCGCAAUGAGUGUAUGAGAUGACGAACGCAGGUAAUGAGAGCAUUAGUGUGCUUAGCAUUAUACCGACGAAGGAUGUUUGAGUCGUAGAUUUUGAUUUCGCACGUACAUACAAACAUGCAAGGAUAACCUGGUGC